GCUAUUACUUGUACCUUGCGAGUACUGCUGUAUCACGAGCCUACCAGCACCGGUAAGGUUGACAUAAUAAUAUCACCUUGUUCCUCUCGUCCGAUUUUUUUUAAUUUUUUUUUUUCCCAUCCUCUUCGCGCUGAUAUUUAUUCCCCCGGGCUCCAGGGCUGAUCCGGGUUACGGUACGAGUAAUACGGCAUUGGAAGCUCGUUGGGGUCUCUCUCCCUCUCUCCCUCUCUCUCUCGUUUUUCCCUUUUUCUCCCCUGUUUUAUGUGCAUCGUAGAUCCAGGGUUGCGCUCACCCCUACUGUCACAGCUAUGGCACCUCCACCUCCUGUGUAAGAGAUUUGUUUCCCCACUCCCAUCCACUGUUCAAAGCUAACACCCGUGUAGUCCUAAACUAGCCGACAAAAACACCCUAACAGUGAUCGACAAUCGAACCGACAAAACAAUCACCGUCCCUAUAACACACAACUCCAUCCCCGCGACCGCCUUCAAAGCGCUCAAGGGUGAGGUUCCGGAGACAAAGGGUGGCGUGGACACCGACGAUACGACCAACGGGAUUCGCGUCUUCGAUCCCGCCUUUCUCAACACUGCCGCCAUAAGCUCCAAGAUCACCUUUAUCGAUGGAGAUAAGGGUUUCCUCAUGCACAGGGGGUACCCUAUCGAACAACUCGCGGAGAAAUCCGACUAUCUGGAAACGGCCUACUUGCUCAUUUACGGCGAGCUACCGAGCAAGAGCCAGGGCGAGAUAUGGAAGUUUGAGGUGAUGCAUCACACCGAGAUUGCGGACGAUCUUGCGAAGGUUAUCGGGAGUAUGAGAUAUGGUUGGCGCCUCCCCUUCUCCCCUCUCUGCCGUGGACGGCAAGCGUUAAUACAAUGGGGCAGACUCCCACCCCAUGUCAGUCUUCAUCUCCGCCUUUGCAGCAAUGGGCGCCUUCGCCCCGGAAGCAAACCCGGCCCUUCAGGGCCGGAACCUGUAUAUCCAGGACAAAGCCAUAAUGAACAAAAACAUCAUCCGUAUAAUUGGCAAAUCCGCCACCGUUGCCGCAGCGAGUAUGCGUGUGCGCAUGAACCGACCCUUCAUCGCCCCGCGCUCGGACAUGGGCUUCGCCGAGAACAUGCUGUACAUGAUGGAUGCGACGUCCGACGCGGAGGACUACAAGCCGGACGCGAGGCUGGCCAGAGCGCUGGAGACACUGUUCAUCCUGCACGCCGACCACGAGAUGAACUGCUCGACCGCGACGAUGACACACGUGGGCUCCUCCCUGGUGGAUCCUUACUCGGCCGUUUCAGCCGCCGCGGCAGCGCUCUACGGCCCGCUACACGGUGGCGCGAACGAGGCCGUCAUCCGCAUGAUGGAGAGGAUUGGGACGGUGGAGAACAUCCCGGCCUUCGUAUCCGCCGUCAAGGCCAAGAAGGAACUCCUCUUCGGCUUCGGCCACAGGGUCUACCGCAACACCGACCCGCGCAGCAAGAUCAUCCGGGAGGUGGCGGAAACCGUAUUCGCCGCCUGCGGCCACGAGCCGCUCAUCGAGGUCGCCACCGCGCUGAGAGACGCCGCCCUUGCGGACCCCUGGUUUGUGGAAAAGAAGCUGUAUCCGAACGUGGAUUACUGGUCCGGCUUAAUUUACCGCAGCUUGGGGUUCCCGCUGGAUUUUUUCCCAGUGCUGUUCGCGGUUCCCAGGGUCGCGGGCUGGCUCGCGCACUGGAAACAGGCCAUCGAGGCGGGUAAUCCAAAGAUUUGGAGACCUAGGCAGCUCUACAUCGGCCCGCAGGUUAGGGAUUACGUCCCCGUUGAGGACAGGGUGGAGAGGGAGAUUCAGGAUGGGAAGGAGGGGAUCACGGGGUUGCCGGUAUGUACUCCUUUUUCACCUUUCCAAAGUACGGUUGUUGAAUGGGGAUGUUCUGACCAUGGUAUUGGGAGUGACAGCACUACCAGUCGAGAAGAAGAUUGGCCGCCAAGUUGUAAUCUGCUUAAAAUGUGCG